GUAAGAUAAUAAAGAAAGUGGAUUAUCUUAUCAUAUACACCUAUUUUAUUUGAUUUAAAAAGAUGGGCAAGUCCUUUUAUUUAAUUCUACAUUCCUUGCACUUAUUAGAUAUCUAUUAGAUAUAUAGACUCGCUUAGAUAUACUUAGUAUUUAGAUAUAAUUAGUAUAAUAUACCAAUUAUAAUAUAAUCGUUAUAAGAUAUAUUUCUAACUAAACAAUAUAACAAUAACAGGUACAAAUAUUAAAUUGAGGUACCCAUUUUAUGACAACUUUCAGCAGUUUUCCCUCUAUUUUUGUGCCUUUAGUAGGCCUAGUAUUUCCGGCAAUUGCAAUGGCUUCUUUAUCUUUGUAUGUUCAAAAAACUAAGAUUUUUUAGAUUCGAUGGGGCCAAGACCAAAUCUUAUCUAUUUUUUUUUCAAGACUUAGAUGUCAUGGAUACCUAUUUAGUAGAAUAUUGUAGAACAUCCGGCUUACCCGAACCGAACAUAAAUGAAAAAGCCCCUCUUAUGCAUACGUAAACAUGGUAUAGGGUUAAAUGAAUUAUAGCAAGUGGAUCGGUACCGAACGGAUGUAUGAAAUUAAAGUCUAUAUAUCUAGUAGAUCCGUAUAGGCGAUCAUAUAAAGGGGAUGAUUUUAGAUCGAAGCAAUUUGAUGAAUUCCUUCUAAAAGUUCAUAUCAAAAUAGUCCUAGUUGAUGAGAGUUACUUCGGAAACAAAAAAAGUAAAGUCGAAUUUUUUUGGUUAUUCUCUCAAUUCGAAUAAAAUGCAACUGGAUCUAGUAUGUAUGAGUUGGCGAUCAGAAUCUAUAUGGAUAGAAUUUAUAGUGGGAUCUCGAAAAACAAGCAAUUUCUGCUGGGCCUUUAUCCUUUUUUUUGGUUCAUUAGGGUUUUUAUUAGUUGGAACUUCUAGUUAUCUUGGUAGGAAUUUGAUAUCUUUAUUUCCGUCUCAGCAAAUAGUUUUUUUUCCACAAGGAAUCGUGAUGUCUUUCUAUGGGAUCGCAGGCCUCUUUAUUAGUUCCUAUUUGUGGUGCACAAUUUUUUGGAAUGUAGGCAGUGGUUAUGAUCGAUUCGAUAGAAAGGAGGGAAUAGUAUGUAUUUUUCGUUGGGGUUUUCCUGGAAAAAAUCGUCGCAUCUUUCUACGAUUCCUUAUGAAAGAUAUUCAGUCCAUCAGAAUAGAAGUUAAAGAGGGUAUUUAUGCUCGUCGUGUCCUUUAUAUGGAAAUCAGAGGCCAGGGGGCCGUUCCCUUGACUCGUACUGAUGAGAAUUUGACUCCCCGCGAAAUUGAACAAAAAGCUGCUGAAUUGGCCUAUUUUUUGCGUGUACCGAUUGAAGUCUUUUGAAAUGAAUUGCAGAAUAAAAGCUUUCU